AUGUCAAAAACACUGGAAGAGUUCGCUCAAUUGGAGCCCCUCUGGGACAAAGCAAUCCAGUCCCCAUCGGAAAUCUCGCUAGAGGAAAAGCACCGGAUGAUGGAAUGGCCGCCCCUAGAGGAGAUGCAGGCCAACGCCAAAAAAUUCCUGGGAAUCUCGCUUGAAGAAUUGCUGCAAAAAGCCGCGACGAAUGCUGAAUCCCUGACAUACCCGGAGUGUCGUCUCGUUCGUGAUCAGUUCCGCAUUAAGAAAAUGAGUGAAAUGGGUGACGAAUGGAAUCGGUCCCAAUGGUCGCGGAAGCAUCCUGAUCUAUUCACCAAAAGAAUACAGGCCCAAGAGGCUGUUUUGACAGCAAAUGAGCUCCAGGCUGUUCAGGCUGUGGAUGAGAUAUUUUACCGAAAACAAAGUGAGGAACUCAAGGCGAGAGAAGCAGAGCGACAGGAAAAGCCACCACGAAACAUGCCGCAAUUGUGGGUUCAAAAGAUCAUCGAUCGAGAAGGCGAUAAGAGCUGGGGUUGUGUGUUCUAUCAUCAUAAGGCAAUGGCUGGAUGGGAUGAGUUUGUGGAACCUUUCAACGCCGUUCUUGAGAUGCCUCAUUUUUUCCCAGGAUAUGAUGAGAUACACGAUCACAAAGUCGCUCAAUUUAUUCCAUUUGAGACAGAAGAGAGUGAACUCGCCCUUUUGCAGCAGUAA